GGGGUAUUGGUCACUGAGGCCCAAAUCAAGACAGGGAGGACAGAGUGCCUGGCACCAGCAAAAAUGCUCCACACUGCCUUGUUGAGUGCUGCCUUAUGAAACAUCUCAGCCUUACCAUGGAGGAAUUCCAAUUUACAACCAUUAGAUGCUUCAGCAACUCUCUAGAAGAGGAACCCUAUCAGAAAGUUGCAAGUCUUACAACUGCAUGAUCUUUGGGAGCAAUCUCCUCCAUUUUUAUGGAACAUAUGAAACAGACAGCAGCCACAUGGUCCCACCAUCUUCAGAGGUGCAGCCAGAGGGCAGAGUCGUCCUUGCCAGAACUCACACUCCCAGAUGUGCUAAAUGUUCUCCCCGAAGAAGAAGAUUUAUUCUGUUCGAUCAGCCAACUAGAUGAAAUGUCCAGGCCACCCAUGCAUCCCGGAGCUGUGACACUCUCUGCCUCUAGUGCCACAAGCCAUCAUGGCAGUGCCAGAGGCCCAGUACUGCACUAUACAUCUGCAAGUGAAAGCAAUGCUACAUUCCUUGGACACCAAAGAGGCCAGAUUUUGCCCACAAGUGAGAAUGCAUCUGCAGCUGAGUUAGGCUUGGAACACCAAAUCAAUGGAGCAAUUGAGCAACUCCUGAAAAGGUCACUCUGCCCAGUUGUCCAUUUCACCAUUGAUGUCAGGGCCACUGGGCCAACCACAGGCUAUAUGUUUAUCAUGGCACACUUGGCUACGGACCGUGAUGGAGUUCUGCACAGGUGCCAGGCAGUGAUGGCUAUGUGUGAGGUUGAGCAGAGUAACUUGACUGAAAUCCUGUCCCACAAACUAAGAGAGGUGAAGGACAAAUGGCUCCGUCCCCUGCAGCUGGAGGUGGGGUAUGUGACUACAGCCACAAAGGGAGUGGAAAUGGUCGUGGCAGGUGCUUGUCUGGGAUGCAUUUUUCCCCCCGUCCACUGCAUAUACCUGCUGUUGAAAAGGGUGAUGGAAAAGGUGAAAGAUGAAGACGUCCACAUAGGACAGCUUUUCCAAGCCCUAUGCAAAAUCAGCAUUCAUUUUGAGCAAUCCCCAGGGGCUCACAACCGCCUACUAGAAAUACAGUUGCUGUGUGGUCUCCCCCAGGAACUUCUAAAAGAGAAGAUGCCAACGCCAUCAAAUAACCUCUUUCUCUUGAUGCACUUUCUACUUGCCCGGCAGAAUGCAUUCAGUGCUUAUCUAAUGGAGAACCCUGAACUCAACCUGACGUGUCAGCAAUGGAGGCUGCUGCAUCAUCUAGCCUGUCUCCUGAAGCCAUGUGAAGAUACCAUCACUACAAUCAGGAGGGAACAUGCUAACCUAGGCCAAGUCCUUCAUGAGCUCUGGUUGCUUGAGAGCACGAUAAAAGGAUGCUUCCAGCAGCUGCAGGAAGAGGCCGAUGCUGCUGCUGCUGCUGCUGCUGUUACUCUCUUUGCAACUGAGCUGCUGCAAUCUCUGGAAGGCCAUAGUAUUCUAGCUGUGGUAAGAGAAAACAUUCUGUACCAGACUGCAACCUUGCUUCAUCCAUACUUCAGGGACCACAUCUGCGAAUAUCUGAAGGGAGAUGUGCAUCUGCAAAGAUGGCAAUUGAAAAAGCAUUUGAUGCAACAGAUUAAGAAGGAAUACUUGAACUUCUCUAGUGCUUACGCAACUUCCUCUUUGACUGAGGUGGCAAGUCAAGAACUGGAAUCCUACCUGCAGGACAACAUAGACCUUGCUCUCUCACGUAUGGAUCCCUUGUUCUACUGGAACACAAGGAAGCACAUGUGGCCAUUUCUUUCUACAGUGGCAUUCCAGUAUUUCUCCUGCCUUCCUGCCCCUGUCUUUUUGGAGGAGGUACUUAGUAUUGAAGACUUGAUGAUAUCGGAAAGAUUUUGAGAGAGAAUUGCACUCAACAGACUGAACAGAAGCUGGAUAGCUGUGAGAUUCAGGGUCUCCAGUACUAGCACAGACACUGGAAGCCAAUCCAUGGCCUGAGGAGAAAGAGAUGACUGGUAACUAUUCAAAAAAUGUUGGGCUCGUGGAAGGACAUGACCCAAUUGGACACUGGCAUUAUUGGGACUUUGCGACACAUAGUGCUAAAAACUAUGACCGUCUUGCAUUGCUGCCUCUUUUAAAAACUACUCUGCAUGAAACAGAAUUGGGAUAUUGUAUUUAAAUUUACACCACACCACCUUUUACAGAUGUAAGGCUUAUUGACAGAUAAAAAUGUGUGCUUUGAAUGGAUCUGGUCUUUUUAAAUAAAGGUUACUGCAAUCUCAA